CUCCUCCAGACUAGACCAGACCAGGUACUCCAGCUCUUCUCGGUGCUCAGAAAAGAACAAUGUCUUCUGGUGACACUAACCCUUCUGAAAGCACCAGAUCUGCUCCACCUGAAGAACGAAUCCUGAACCUGGUGCUGCUGGGACAGACAGGUGCUGGGAAGAGUGCAUGUGGCAACACCAUCCUAAGACGAGAAGUGUUUCCCUCUCAGGCCAGCUCCAUGCCUGUCACUACAGAGUGUAAGGCUGUUACCUCUAAUAUGUAUCCUCAGGUGAGGGUCAUCGACACUCCAGAUUUCUUUGAUGAGGACAUUAAAGGUGAACAUCUAUCUAAAUGCAGAGAACUGUGUCGGACAGGGCCGUGUGUGUACCUGCUGGUGAUGCAGGCUGGCAGGUUCACAGACGGUGAGAGAGGGAUUUUGGAGAAACUAGAAACAGCCUUUAAGGGUAAGAUCAGAGAGAGAAUGAUUGUGCUCUUCACCCAUGGAGAGAACCUGCAACGGUCUGAUAUGACUGAAGAUCAGUUUGUGAGCGAAGCUGAGCCUCAUCUACAACAGGUGGUUAAAGAUUGUGGUGGCAGGUACCACGUGUUCAAGAACAAGGACAAGUCCAGAGAGCAGGUUCUACAGCUGGUGGAGAAGAUCAGAGUCAUAGCACCCGGCAAGUAUUUCUUAGAUUCGGCAACAGAACCAAAUUGUGUGGGAUCAAAUUGCAUUUUACUUUAACUUUCAUGUAUUGUUCUGUACAAAUAGUGUGUACCUAUGUAGUGUGUACCUGUGUAGUGUGUACCUCUCUCUGGAUAAGAGCGUCUGCUAAAUGACUAAAUGUACCUGUAAAAGGUGUCCCUGUAGAGUAACUAUCAGAUGUUGUAAAACACCCUCUCCGUAUAGGAGCCAACAUGUUCACUACAAACUAAGCACAUUGUUCUGUUCUAUACUGUAUUAGACUGUACUGGUCCAAAUGUAUCUGUUUUGUCCUGUACUGUACUGAAGUGUACU